CAGAGUUGCCUUUGCUAAUGCACAAGUUGAUUUCAUUCCCAAUCAUAGAAAUUUUUUGCUACCUGUGCUAAAUUCCAAAACUCCCAAAGAUUUGCGUCUUUGCCCCAUUCAGUCAUACAAUGUCCUACCACACAACUUCUUCCAAAGCCAUUCUGCUCUUGCUACUCCAUAUUUUCACUUUUCAAACUCUCAUAAAAUGCCACUUCUUUUCCAGGAAAUACAACCGAUCAUAUGACCUUGAUAGCUUUCAAAUGGAAAGGCAUCACUUGCAGUCGUAGAAGGGAUAGAGUCACCAUCUUGGAUCUGUCAUCUAGGGACUUGGUGGGUUCUUUGUCUCCUUUCAUUGGAAACUUUAGUUUCCUUCGAGAGAUCAGACUUUCAAACAACAGCUUUCAUGGUGAUAUCCCUCCUGAAAUUGGUCGCCUAUUCAGGUUAGAGGUCCUCUAUCUCAAUAAUAAUUCUUUUGAGGGAAAGCUCCCACUAAACCUGUCUCAUUGCUCCAACCUCAAUGUCCUCAGUAUUGGUAAAAAUAAGUUAGCGGGAAAACUUCCAAUGGAGUUUGCUUCCAUGUCCAAACUCACAGAUCUUUCAAUUCAUGAAAACCAUUUUACUGGAGGAAUCCCACCCUUCAUUGGGAAUCUUACCUCUUUGGUACUCUUAUCUACAGCCAGGAAUGACUUUGAAGGUAACAUUCCAGAUGCCUUAGGCCAAUUAAGAAGCCUGAGCGCUGUUGGACUCGGAGGAAAUAAUCUUUUUGGUAGGAUCCCCCCAUCAAUCUAUAACCUUUCCAUGAUUUCUAUUUUCGAUGUAUCUUACAAUCAACUUGAAGGAAAUCUUCCAUGGGAUAUGGGACUCUCCCUUCCUAAUCUAGAACAGAUUCGAAUGGGGAGCAACAAUUUUAGUGGACAGAUUCCAUUAACAUUAUCCAAUGCUUCAAAACUUGAACUUAUAGACAUGACACUAAAUAAUUUCUCUGGAAAGCUAAAAAUUCCUUUCGGGCCCCUACAACAUUUGCGAUGGCUACUUUUAGGUGGUAAUCAUCUAGGAAGCGGGGAGGCUGAUGAAAUGAAUUUUUUAUCUGUCUCGGUCAACUGUAGCCAACUGAAACUUUUAGAUCUUUCUAAAAAUCAGCUUCAAGGAAGAUUGCCAAAAUCAAUAGCCAAUCUCUCAAAUCAACUAAGGCUCCUUCACUUUAGUCAGAAUAACCUAUUCGAAAACAUCCCUCCAGGGUUAGGGAAUCUUGUCAGUUUAAAUGCAUUGGAUUUGUCUCAAAAUGAGUUUACAGACAAAGUUCCAAAAGAAAUAGGGCAACUUGGACAACUACGGGAGAUGUUUCUUGGUAGAAAUAAACUUUUAGGAGAAAUUCCUGAUUCCUUCGGAAACUUAACGCUAUUGAAUGUGCUUAGCCUUUAUCAAAACAAGUUAAAUGGAAGCAUACCUUCAAGCCUUGGGAACUGCCAAAAUUUGGAGGCAUUGGAUCUUUCUCAAAACGACCUUAGCGGCUCUAUACCCAAAGAACUUUUCAACAUUUCUUCUCUGGGUAUUAGACUGGAUAUUUCUCAUAAUCAUUUGGUUGGAUCUCUACCUUCAGAAGUUGCUGAAUUCAGAAACAUAUAUUUUCUAGAUGUAUCUGACAACAUGUUUUCUGGAAAAAUUCCAAACAGCUUAAGUGGCUGCACUAGUCUAGAGUUACUUUACCUCAACAGAAACCAAUUUCAAGGCAGCAUUCCUGAAUCUUUAAGCUCUCUGAGAGGAAUUCGAAAACUUGAUCUUUCUGUCAACAACUUAACAGGUAAGAUCCCUCAAUACAUGGAAACUCUCGCAUUGGAGUAUCUGAAUUUAUCUUUCAAUAACCUAGAAGGAGACAUUCCAAUGAAAGGCAUCUUCAAAAAUGCAAGUGCAGUUUUUGUUGUAGGAAAUAAGAACCUUUGUGGGGGAAUCCCAGAACUAAGGUUGCCUAAAUGCCGCAUCAAAGCAACAAAGAAAGGUAAACUGUCGUAUGUACAGAUAAUAAUUAUGGUAGUCUCACUCUUGGGAGUAAUCAUUGUAUCCAUCUCCCUUCUCUGCUGGACUAAAAGAAAAAACAGCGAUCAGUCUUCUAGAUUCUCCUUGAAAGAGCCUCUAAGGCAACUUUCUUACCAAAGUCUCCUUAAAGCGACAGAUGGGUUUUCUUCAACAAAUUUACUUGGUAAGGGGAGCUUUGGUUCUGUCUACAAAGGAGUUAUCGAAGAAGAUGGAGCUCAUGUUGCAGUCAAAGUACUUGAUCUUUUGUAUCGAGGAGCUUCCAAGAGUUUCAUGGUAGAGUGUGAAGCCUUGAAGAACAUUCGUCAUCGAAACCUUGUAAAGAUCAUAACUUCUUGCUCAAGCAUCGAUUUUCAAGGAAAUGAUUUCAAGGCUCUAGUUUAUGAGUUGAUGCCCAAUGGAAGCCUGGAUAAUUGGUUGCAUGCAUCUGCUCAGGAAACAAACAAUGGCCAAAGCAGAGUCCAAAGUCUAAGCCUAUUACAGAGGAUAAGCAUUGCUAUUGAUGUCGCCUCUGCUCUUGACUAUCUCCAUUACAAUUGUGGCAAGCCAAUUGUUCAUUGUGAUCUAAAGCCAAGCAAUGUUCUUCUAGACAACGACAUGACUGCUCAUGUUGGGGAUUUUGGGCUUGCGAAGUUUAUUUCAUCAGAAUCCAAAAUGUCAAACCAAAGUAGCUCAGUUGGAGUGAGGGGAACAAUUGGGUACGCUGCUCCAGAGUAUGGCAUGGGAAGUGAGGUAUCAAUACAUGGUGAUAUAUACAGUUAUGGGAUCCUAGUGCUGGAGAUGAUGACAGGAAAGAAGCCCACUGACAAUCUCUUUGAAGGAGGAUUUAAUCUUCAUCAUUAUGCAAGAAUGACCUCACCUGAUCAGAUUGUGGAGAUUAAUCAAGAAUGUAUUGAUCAAGUGAGCUUAAUUUCUCCACUAGCAUCAGUCUCCAUAACUCUCUUCUCAUACUCAUCUUCGUCCUCCUUUACCUCUUCUUCCUUGGCAUCUCCAUCUUCUUCUCCUCCCCAGCCAAAGCCUUCGAUAGAGCGAGAUCCUGGAGCAGGAACUUUGGCCUCUUCAACUAUUUUCAAGAUUUCUUCAUUGCUUUGGACAGAAAAAGUUGGGUUGUCUUUCCUCUAGUAAAUAGCUUGAACUGCCUCGGUCAGUUCCCUUGGCAAGUUUUUCAAAAACCUCAGAUGGCUCCUGAUUUCUUUGAUGGUGAUUCUCUGAAAGAGCAUGGCUAAAAAGUGUGAUUGCCCAAAGAAAUGACAAGAACAACA